UAUUGUUCAUAUUAAUUUCUUUUGAGUGUGAUCGGGGUGUGACAGUAAAACCUGUUUUUAAGGAUUACUGUUGCUGAGGCUGACUGUUAUCUAAAUAUCUUUCAAACGCAAAUUCGUGAUCCAAACAUGCCCCUGUUUGUUUUGUACCGACUCGUGUGUUAAACUUUAACACGCUGAAUCAAAAACAAAAGUUGAUUCUUGACAAAUUAGGUAUAUUGUAACAUAUAUCAUGCAUGCUCUGUAUGUUUCUGAGAGCUGGGGAAUAAAGGGUAAAUGCCCAGGAAGUCUGUAAAGGGGAGGGGCUAGAGUAAAGAAUCAAAUCUGAGCUCCAGUUACAAUAGAGAGUGUUAUGCAAUGAGAAGUGAGAGGAAGGACAGGAUUGCUUGCUAGUCUGACAAAAACUACAGCAAGAGAAGAGAAAGGGGUGAGAAAUACAGCAGAGAAACCAGCAGUGUUCAACAUGUCAUUUGAGCCCGGAUCGUUACCCCCUCGACCAGAACUGUUUGACUUCCAUGGAGUCUCAAUGACCCACUAUUUCACAGACAACUGGGAGAAUGUUCAAAACUUCCAGGCCAGGCCAGAUGAUAUACUUAUUGCGACAUACCCCAAAGCAGGAACCACAUGGGUCUCCUACAUCCUUGACCUGCUGUAUUUUGGUCAGACAGAGCGUCAAAGAACCGUUCCAAUCUUUGAGAGAGUGCCUUUUUUGGAGAUUUUCAUCCCAUCAUUGGGCUCAGGAAAAGAUCUGGCAGACAACCUCCCCACCUCUCCUCGACUCAUUAAGACUCAUUUUCCAGUUCAGUUUGUGCCAAAGUCCUUUUGGGAGCAAAACUGCAGGAUGGUCUACGUGGCCCGCAAUGCCAAAGACAACAUGGUGUCUUUUUUUCACUUUGAUUCCAUGAACAUGGUUGAGCCAGAGCCUGGAGACUGGAGCAACUACAUCAAGAGAUUCAUGGAGGGAAAGAUGGUGUUUGGAUCCUGGUACGACCAUGUAAGCGGCUGGUGGAAGAAGAAGCAGAGUUAUCCAAAACUCCAUUACAUGUUCUACGAAGAUAUGGUCAAGGACACUGGACGGGAAGUAGACAAACUGUGCAGCUUUCUUGGUUUGUCUCGUUCAGACGAGGAGAAGAAAAGAGUCACAGGUGGAUCACAGUUUGAUAAUAUGAAAAAGGACGACAUGGCCAACUAUUCUUCAAACCCAGUUAUGGAUUUCAAAAUCUCUCACUUCAUGAGGAAAGGUAAAGUUGGUGACUGGAAGAACCACUUCACUGUUUCUCAGAAUGAAGAGUUUGAUGAAGACUACAAGAAAAAGAUGACGGACCCCACACUUCAGUUUAGCACUGAAAUUUGAACAAGAGAGAGUCAGACUAACAUAUUAUGUUAGAAAACCUCCCAGACUAACAUAUUAUGUUAGUCUGACUCUUCAGAAGAUUGCAAAGCUAAUGUGUCAUUAAAGAGCAGCAGUAUGACAACACCAUUUACACUGACACUUUCAAAUGAGACCAAGAGAUCUAUAUGAUCAGUGAUGUAAAUAAAAAGGUGUUUAUUCAUAUUCAAAUUUCUAUAUUUGCAAUAAAACAGCAAGAACUCA